CGAGACCAACUGGAGAGUGGAGACUGCUGCCCACCCGGCCACCCCACCCUGCUUGCAAUCGCGCCCGCCACUAGGGUUUUUCCUAUCUCGGCCUCGCCGACUCCCUCCCCCAUCUUCCCCGACCCCGUAUCUCCCAACAUCCGGCGGCCGCCGCCAUUGCCGCUGCUUUCUCCCAGCCGCCAUGGUUAGGCUCACCGCCGACCUGAUAUGGAAGAGCCCGCACUUCUUCAACGCCAUCAAGGAGCGCGAGCUCGACCUCCGAGGCAACAAGAUCGCCGUCAUCGAGAAUCUCGGAGCCACCGAGGACCAAUUUGAUACAAUUGACUUGUCAGACAAUGAGAUUGUCAAGCUUGAAAACUUCCCAUACUUGAAUCGCCUUGGCACUCUACUAGUUAACAAUAACAGAAUCACACGUAUCAAUCCCAAUCUUGGUGAGUUUUUGCCAAAGCUUCAUACGCUGGUGCUCACAAACAAUCGUCUGACAAAUCUUGCGGAGAUUGAUCCGCUGGCAUCUCUUCCGAAGCUACAAUUCCUUAGCUUACUGGAUAAUACUGUAACUAAGCAGCCAGACUACAGGCUAUAUGUGAUCCAUAAAUUGAAGCAUUUGCGUUUGCUGGAUUUCAAGAAAGUGAAACAACAGGAGAGAGUUGCCGCAGCGAAAAAGUUUCACUCAAAGGAGGCAGAGGAAGAGGCAAAGAAGGUAGCUGUCAAAACGUUUACUCCUGGUCUGCCUGAUGCUCAGGACAUCACAAUGGAGCCGCAAGGUCCUAAAGUAGUUGCUCCAACUCCUGAACAAAUCACAGCUAUCAAGGCUGCUAUUGUGAAUGCUCACACUCUUGAGGAAGCUGCAAGGCUAGAGCAGGUAUUAAGCACUGGCCAAGUUCCUGCUGAAUUUGCAGUGCCCAAGCCUGAUGCAAACAUGGCUGAAGCUUCAGAGGGAGCUGAGAAGAUGGAUACAGAUGGUCAGAACCAGGAGGGUGAGGCUGAUGGGCAGAAACAAGAUGACGAAAGCACCCCAAUUCAAGAGGAUUGAAGGCAUGGUGACAUGGCUAUAUCGCCUUGGGCUGGAACCAUUAUUUGAGUUUGGUUUGCCAGUUUUCGUGGGGGGGAGAAAAGAGCUAGAGCCUGUCGCAGUACACCCUCUCUGGAUCGCAUGCCUAGUAUCAAGUAUUUUAUGUAUCCUGUGGAAUGUGGAUGCUAACAACAAUUUUUUUAGAUGAUGGUACUGAUAAGAGAAUCAGAUGUUGUAAACUAUACAUUCGUGCAUGUUGGCGAACAAACCGUUCUUAAAAACCGUUGCUUGACUGAUCGCAGAGUGGGAUGUUGCGUUGCUUCCUAUUCUCAA